AUGUGUAAACGAAGUUUCCGCCGCAAAGCAACCCUCACGAACCACCAACUCAGCUCGCACGCACUGGGCCUAGCCAUCGAGACACUGUCGAAAGCCUACACAGUGUCAGAGCAAGACCAGGAGCAAGAUCUCCCUCCUACUCCUAUUACUCUUCCGCCUCCACAAACCGAUCCGUAUCUCUUCUCUCAGCAGAAGUGCGGGUACUGGGAUUGGUCCUAUCCCAAUAUCGCUACCACACCCCACGAAUUCAGGCUCCUCAUGAAUGCACCAAUAAAUUCGCCCGCGGCUAAGGCUGCUGCCCCUGUCCAAGGACAACUACCAGUUACGGGACAUAAUUACAAUUGCUGCGCCCAGGCAUCGUCCCUUGAAUGGCAGCACGCGCAAGGACACUACUUCCAACUUAUGCAACAGCAACAACAAUACAUACAGCCUUUCCAUCAGCAGCAGCAGCAACAUCCUCCAACAGUAUGGCCAGCGCCGCCUGGACUAGGGAACGGUGAUGUUCCAAUGAAACCUUAA